CUAGUUGUUGACGCAGGCUUGUGCGAAUGUAGUGGGAGGGCAGCCGAGGUUCAAACAGGAGAUUUUGAAAGAAGUGGACAAUAAAUUUGUAAAAACCCUAACGUCUUAUUGUAUAGUAAAGAAGAAUUGGGUGUUUUACGUGACAUCUGUAAAGAUAUCGUGAAGUUUCAUCGGAGAACCUUUAAUAAUAGUGCAUUUAAAAUUUACAAUAUUCACUGUAAGCCGAAGGAAAUGGUUAGUGAACUGCAAAAACCAAGAAGAACGAGAGCAAAUCUGAUGGAGCACAAAAGCUGAGAACCUGGAUUGAAGAGAUGCUCUUGGAAAGUGCAGAAGAAACAAAAUUUAAGAGGCAGAUGAUGAGAGAAUUUUUAACAAAACACUCCAGAGAUGAAAGUGACUGACUAAAGUAGUAGGCACUGAUGUCCUCUGCAGAUGCAUUGUGACAGUAGAUUACAUGUGUUAAAAUGGACAUUAGAGAUCCAAAAAGGAAGAGAAAAGUAGUAUCAUCGAAGCUAACAAAACUCUCACUUAAGAAGAGUGCUCAAGAAUCAAAAACAGCAGAAGACAGUUUUGAUGGUUUUGGCAGCUUUGCUCUAUCUUUGCAAAGUUCCAAAGAGAUAGACGGGACAUCAUCAUCAUCAUCAUCAGGAGAGGAAAAAUCAUAUUUUUUGAGCAAAAACACUUAUUCUGUGAACAUUAUUGAUCUUUUGCCUUCAGGUAAUGAGGUGAGAGAUUCUCCACAAUCACAAACUCAGCCUCCCCACUAUAAAUUGUUACUGGAUAAAAGUCUGCCUUGUAAAACAUCAUUUGAGUUGUCGGAUGUAAAAUGUCUUAAAGGUAGCACUUGUGAGUCAGAUGAAAGCUUUGCUGAGAAUUUUGAAACUCCUAGUAGAGCAAAGCACUGUCGUGACAAAUCUGGUGAUUGUGAAGAAAUCAGAAAUCAAGAAGUGGUCGUUAAUGACAUUUCAUUAGUGUCCAAAGUUGAAAAUGAUGAUAUUAUUAGUCUUCAUUCCUCACAAACUGUGAGUGAAGAGAGCCCAGAUAAUAAUACACCUCUCACAAAAUGUAAUAACUAUUGUACUGAGACUGACAGAAGCCUACCUGUGUUGCCAUCCUUAGAUAAGUUUGCAGUGGGUUAUGUAACUACAGAAUAUGGACGAGAUCAUGUUUAUGGUACUGUGCAUAAAAUAAUACCUAAUUCUGUGUUAGAAGAAGAAAAAACUGGAUACCGGUUAGUGAAUGAAUCAAAACAGAAACAGGAAUUGGUUCAUUCGCUGAAAAGUGAAGUGACUAAUUCAUCUUUAGAAGGUGCAGAUGCAUGUGUGCUUCAAGACACUACCUCAAGAGAUGCAGGGAAUGUACAUGAUGCAGAUGAUGAACAGCUAAGUCCUUACUUUAGUGCUUCUGAUCUGACAUGUCCUCUGUGUUGGAAGAAAUUCGACAAGAAAAGUGCCCAGACAUCCCAUAUGAAAUCGUGUGCUGUUAGUCAUAAUGUCACAACAAAGCAGCUUUUAGAUGCCCUUGCAUUGCAGAGUAAACAAGCAGCUGAAAGGAAGGCUUUGGGACUGCCUGAGACACCAGUUGUUGCAGCACAAGUGCCAGCUAGGAAGAAUGUCUCCAGAAAAGGCACUGGUGUGCCUAAGGAUCAAAAUCUACAGUUGGCACUGGCUUUGUCAGUGUCAAUGAAAGAGGCAGAACAAUUAGAGUUAGAGAAAGAAGAAGAUGCAUUAAUUGAAGCUGGUUUGGGAGAAGAAGUAAUGGAGAGGCAGAAAAGCUUAUUAGAGAAAUUUGGUUUCACAAGCUCAAAACCACCAUCAUUGGAUCUUGCAAAUCCCAGAGCAGGUCCAAAAAAAACCAAAUGCAGUGUCCCUAUACUUAUGACUAGAAGCAGAGAAGAACGUGAGAGAUUAAUAACAGAAAAGGUGGCAAUUAUAUUGAUGGGCAAAGAAGAUGAAACAGAAACUUGUCAAAUAUCUGAAAAAUCAUCUGAUUCAAAAUGUAGAAAGCAAACAUUGAGCUCAAAAUACCUACUCAAGUUUUUGAAUAAGGAGUGUUACUUAUGGAUGAAGGCACAGAUACCUCCUGAAGGCAUCCACAGAAAUUCCUAUUACGUCAGUUACUUGGACACUUUUAUUACUCCUUCUGCUGUAGUUACUGGUAGUCAGUUGAAAGAUAUAUCGAAGAUUCCAUGCCGAGAAAAAACACCAGUGAGGGGGUCCGUGAGUAAAGCAGAUACCAACCAAGAAGACUAUUAUCAACAGUCUGAUUUGAAACCUGUGAAGUAUAUCCCUGAAGGACCUUCUGAUUCAUUAGAUAACCAAGAAGAAACUGACUUUUCAUAUGACGAUAAUGAAAAGCAAGAUGUUUUGAGUUGUUCUACAUCUUCACCUCCCUUGCCAACUGAAUCAUUACUUUCUUUCAGAAAAGACUGCAUUCUAAAGAACUGGAAACUGCAGGUUAAUAACAAAACCAUGAGUGAUGUUACAAUUCAUGUCAAGGGCAACGUGGAAAUUGCAGCACACAGACUAGUGUUUUUUGCUCAGGCUCCUUCGAUAUUAUGUGAUAUUUCGGAAAAACCAGGAGAACAAGGUCAUCUGCAGUGGAAAGAUGUGUCAUUCAGCUCAGCUUUAGCAUUUCUGCAUUACAUUUAUUGUGGGAGUGUAGAGGAAAUUUGCUCACUACAAGAGGAUGUGAAUGAUAUUCGAUCAUUAGCUGUAAGAUAUAAUAAGUCUGAACUUUUGAACCACCUUGACAAGUUGAAGAACAUGGGUAGUAGUUCUUUGAAGCACUUACAUGAUGAAUGUUUGAAUAGCAGAAUAGGAGAGAAAUAUAACAGUAGUAAACCAGAAAGAACAAGCAGAAUGUCCGAUACAUUUCAGUCACAUUCUGAACUUGAUAUUGAAGAUUCAGCUGAUCUUCCUCAGCAACGAAACCUACAGCAUUGUAAGGAAAUUGGUAAAUGUGAAGAUUCUGCUGCUGAUAACUUCUGUGAUAUUGACUACACAGAAUAUAGCUCUAACCCACAAAGAUUUGAGGAAAUAUUGAGUAAGUCACAAAUAAACGAAAAUGAUGAUAAAAGUGAUAGAUCGUCUCCAGAUAUAUUUUCAGAAUCACACACACCUAUUAAAACUAAUGAUAUUCAGCGUGAUAAUAUUGACAUUCUCUCAAGUAUGCUUUGUAAGCUUACAUCAGGUCAUGAGCCAACAAAUAUAGAUGAUUCCGUAACAGAUGUGCAUGAAGAUGCAGAUUCUGUUUGUGAUUUAACUCAAGGAAGUCCAGAAGACUAUCUUACUUCAGACUGUGAGCCAGCAAAAGUAGUAGAAGUACCAGAUGAGUCUUUAACAGAGAUGCCUGAAGAUGAAAAUGUUUCUUGUAAUUUAGCACCAGGAACUCCUGAGGAGUAUCAUUCCAUUAAUUUUGCUGGUGUAUUAACAACCACUCCAACACCUGCAAAGAGAAAACUAUCUGACGCUAUCUUGACACCAUCCAAAUGUGAUUCUCCAGCAAAAAAAAUCUGCAAAGAGAGAGACAGUUCACCCUUGCAAUUAGAAAGCAUAAAUCCAACUAAAGGUUUGAGCAUUCCAACUGAUUCUUUCAUUGAUACAAUAGAUUUAACACAAAAGAGUGAUGGAUCAUAUGAAAAUGAAGCAUAUCAACCAAAUUGUGCAAUAAGCUCUAAUAUGGAAGAAAAUAAUCAAUCAGAUAGUGGAGCUGUAGGAACUAAUGGCAGUUCAUGUGAGACUCUCCGUCUGGCAGCUUCAAAGAUUCAUUCUUUUGAAAUAGGAAAAUCAGAUAAAGAAAUUCAGUAUAAUUUGAAUAACUGUUCUGAAGAAACUAGUAAAGGAAAUGAUGCAUAUUGUUCUGACAAUUCCACUGCUGUUCCAGAAAAUCAUGAAAAUACUUCAUUGCUGACUAGUCCAUUGGAGUCUUGCAGAACAGAAGAAAGUCCAGAUUAUGGAAUCACGACAUUUGCUUCACCAAAAAGUACAUUGAAACCUAUAGAUCAAAUAACAGAAGAAACACAUGCCAAUUCUCCAUUAUCUGGAACCCCACUGGCUCUUCGUUGUUUGUCUCAGUUUCCAGAUGCAACUAUGAGGCGUAGUUUAUCUCGGAUGAUGUCUCAUUUAGUUGACAAAGAUACACAGUCACUUAUUUUGGCACAUGAUGAAGUAGAAUGCAACCAGAUUUCCUCAGAUGUCACUAGUACUCAUGAUUCUGACACACCAAAAACACUUAAGAAAACAGGUAUGGAUUCCUUAAAAAUGAUGCUGGAAGAUUCUUUUGUUGACCAAAUCCGAGAUAACUCAUUUUUCAGGGAGGAAUUCGUAAACAGCCCGUCUGGAUCUCAUAGAACUGAAACACAUGACAACAAGAUAAAUGAUGAGAAUUCUGGAAAUCCAGAAUACCAAUCAAUAACUCCAGUCAACAAAUCAAGUAUAUCUGAAGAAUUAACACCUUUGCCUGACUACAGUACAAUGAAGACACCACAGCUGAAGAAAGAACUGCAAAAAUAUGGAUUGAAACCAUUGAAAAGAAAGCAAGCAAAAUUAAUUCUGAGGCAUAUAUACAAUGAACUACAUCCAUGGGUUCCAGCAAACGACACUGUAACCACACAAGCAGUAUCAUCACCAACAUCAUCACUGGUAUUGGAGGGCAGAAAAGGAAGGGAAAAUAUUGCUAAACAAUUAAAAAAUUGUGACCCACUUGUACCUACAAUGAGAAGUCCUCGAAAAAGAAAUAUAUUAAAAAGUUUGUCAGAUUCAGCAAAGGCAAGUUCCAGUCAUGAUAAAGAAAACAGUGAAGAUGACUGUGACAGUGAAAUGGUUUUUGGAAGCAACCACAAUUCCAAGGAUUAUAGUAUUCUAGUAGAUGAUGAUGAAAUAUUUCAAGAACAGAGUGCUACUAGUGAAAAUAGAAGUGAAGCUUCGCACGAAGUGGACUUGCAAACAGCUGUUCAAAAUUUCAUAAUAAAUAAUCCAGAAAUUCAUGAAAAGAUUUUAAUGUAUGAACCAGUAUGGUUAAAUGACCUCAAAAAUGGUCUGAAAGCUAACAAAAUUAAAUUCAAGUUGAAUGACUUAAUGGACUAUUUGGAUGAGCAGUGUAUCACAUAUCGCACUGCAGCGGGACCUAACAAAUCGCGUCAGAGGAGGAAAGGCGUAACUGCAUCGCAGUCACAAAAUGUUGGCAGAAAAAAGAGGACAACAGAGGAAGAUUAUGAUCCUUUGCCAUCUAGUGCUUAUUAAUGAAAGUUCAGUGUAUGCAUGCGUGUGUAAGUGGUAUUUGACGGCAAGUGCUCUUGUAACAUGAAAACCAAAGUUAAUCUUUCAAAGAAAAUAUUGAUUCCUUUGUUAGUUUACUCCUUUUGUAUAUAUUUUUAAAGGCUAUUUUAUGUAGUGUAAAUGCAGGGAGUGUAGGGGCAGAACUUUUGUGUGUGUAUGUAACUGUAAUUGAUUUCACCGUACAUACAGAAGUAUGGUUUUGUACAUAUGAGGUAUUUUUAUGCUUACAUUAAAGUCUUUUUAUAACAUUA